CAAACUCAACUUCUAAUGAGCCUACUCAAUAUUGGAAAACAAUUGCUCCACCCGAAGAAGUUUCAACUUGUAAUUGGUGGAAAGCCAAUCAAACUGCAUAUCCAAAUUUAGUAAAUAUGGCUUAA